GCUGCGUCAUCACUCUGCGACACAUCAACGCGCAGUUUUGAGCUGUGUUACUCGGCAAAUAGUGACAACAAAACUUUUCAGGCAGAAUUUGGCGAGUUUUUGUGGAUGCAUUCUGAUAAUUGUGACUUAAAUUCUUAAUUUAAAACAUUUAUCUUGACUCUUGUGGAAACAACAGCGUUGAACAAAAGCUGCGAGAGUCCGCAUCAUCUGGCAUGUGUCAGAAACAUCCCGACUGGAUCCUGUCAUAUUAAACACCUGGUGACUUUGAAUAUUGUAGUUUGAGCUCUUGUGGAUUCCAGGAUGAAUGAAGGAGAGCUGGUGGAGUAUUUCAGGGCUCAGAUGAGGAAGGACCCGGACAUGGCCUCAGCUGUGGCCGCUAUCCGCACCCUGCUGGAGUUCCUCAAGAGAGACAAAGGUGAGACCAUCCUGGGUCUGAGGGAGAGUCUGAUGUCGGCCACCGACUGUCUGAUGGGGGUCGACUCCUCGGUGGCCGUGUCCUCAGGGGGGGAGCUCUUCCUGCGCUUCAUCAGCCUCACGUCCCUGGAGCAACAGGACCUGUCUCGCUGUAAGAAGGUGAUGGAGGAGCGAGGAGAACUUUUCCUGGAGAAGAUCUCCAUGUCCAGGGCCAAAGUGGCCAAGCUGUGUCACACCUUCAUCAAAGAUGGCGCCAAAAUACUGACCCACUCGUUCUCCAGAGUCGUCCUCAGAGUCCUGGAACGAGCCGCCGCCGAGAAGAAACGCUUCUUUGUUUACGUGACGGAGUCUCAGCCGGACGCCGCUGGACAACAAAUGGCCGAGGCCCUGAAGAAACUCAAUGUUCCAGUAACAGUCGUCCUGGACGCAGCCGUCGGGUACGUCUUGGAGAAAGUGGAUCUGGUUAUCGUUGGAGCAGAAGGAGUCGUGGAGAGCGGAGGAAUCAUUAACAAGAUCGGUACCUAUCAGAUGGCCGUCUGCUCCAAAGCUCAUAAUAAACCCUUCUACGUCGUGGCCGAGAGUUUUAAAUUCGUGCGUCUGUAUCCGCUCAACCAGCAGGACGUCCCAGAUAAAUUCAAGUACAAAGCCGACACCCUGAAGACGGUGCAGAACCUGUCGGAGGAGCAUCCGAUGAUCGACUACACGCCUCCCUCCCUCAUCACCCUCCUCUUCACCGACCUGGGCGUCCUCACCCCGUCGGCCGUUAGCGACGAACUCAUCAAACUUUAUUUAUAACGUCUCAAAUAAAAAAAAAAGUCACAGAUUUA